GAGAAGGAGAAGGCGGCCGAGGAGAAGAAGGGGGCGGCCGAGGGGGGCAAGGACGGGGAGGGCGGCAAAGAGGGAGAGAAAAAGAACGGCAAGUACGAGAAGCCACCGUUCAGCUACAACGCGCUCAUCAUGAUGGCUAUCCGGCAGAGCCCCGAGAAGCGCCUGACGCUCAACGGCAUCUACGAGUUCAUCAUGAAGAACUUCCCAUACUACCGGGAGAACAAGCAGGGCUGGCAGAACUCCAUCCGCCACAACCUCUCUCUCAAUAAGUGCUUCGUCAAAGUGCCCCGCCACUACGACGACCCGGGCAAAGGGAACUACUGGAUGCUGGACCCGUCCAGCGACGACGUCUUCAUCGGAGGCACCACCGGCAAGCUGCGCCGGCGCUCCACCACUUCGCGGGCCAAGCUGGCCUUCAAGCGCGGCGCCCGCCUCACCUCCACCGGCCUCACCUUCAUGGACCGGGCGGGGUCCCUCUACUGGCCCAUGUCCCCCUUUCUGUCCCUGCACCACCCUCGGGCCAGCAGCACGCUGAGCUACAACGGGACUGCGUCCGCUUACCCCAGCCACCCUAUGCCCUACAGCUCGGUGUUGACUCAGAACUCCUUGGGGAACAAUCACUCCUUUUCCACGUCCAACGGGUUGAGCGUCGAUAGACUCGUCAACGGGGAGAUCCCCUACGCCACUCACCACCUCACGGCCGCCGCCCUGGCUGCCUCGGUGCCGUGUGGCUUGUCGGUCCCCUGCUCCGGCACCUACUCCCUAAACCCCUGCUCCGUGAACCUCCUGGCGGGACAGACGAGUUACUUUUUCCCCCACGUCCCUCACCCCUCAAUGACUUCUCAGAGCAGCACUUCAAUGACGGCCAGGGCCGCCUCUUCGUCCACAUCGCCGCAGGCACCCUCCACCCUGCCGUGCGAGUCCCUAAGACCCUCUUUGCCGAGUUUCACGACGGGACUGUCCGGAGGACUCUCCGAUUAUUUCACACAUCAAAAUCAGGGGUCUUCUUCCAACCCUUUAAUACAUUAACGUCCAUGGGAUCAGACUGUAAGUGAACAUUUUACACACGUUCGCGUUGUAAAUGAUGAUUGAAAAGAGAAAAAAAAGAAAAAAA